AUGCAAGAACAUUAUUCAAAUCUUCCAUCUUAUGUACCAUUACGUGAGAUGAUCAAUGAAAACAUUGAUCAUUUAAUUGUAAUUAAAUUGAAAGUUUUAGAUCUAUUCUACAAUAAAGGUACAUGGACAUCAAUUAUAAAUCCAAUAACAUACUCUCAAUCAGCAAUAGAAAAAUUACUUAACGAAGGUGGUUAUGUUAUGAUAAGUGCAGGACGCAAUAAUAAGAUGCCCAGUGAUCGUAAUUUGAGUGACGAUACUAUUCAAGAACGAACUAUUAAUUUGACUAUUGAUUUGACCAAUUUAUAUGCUUAUUCAUCUAUGAUGGGUGUCUAUAAUGGUGAUAAUGAAACAAGUUUCUUUGUUAUUCUACACAAUAUUUCACCGAAUGUGGAACGUACUGUAUUUAUUCAAUUAGGUCACAAAUAUAAUCAAGAGUCUAUCAUUUAUGUUAAAAGAACUACUCCUACAAUACAGCAGUUCAUCUAUACAACAGGUGAAUUCAGUGGAAAAUAUGUCGAAGGACAAGGAUAUGAGGUACUUACUACAAAUGUAACAGACGAUUAUAGUGAAUUAAAACUAUGUCCGGAUAGCAUCUUCAAAUUUACUCUGAAUUUUGAUUUUGGAACUGUGAUUAUGGGGAAAACUCGAAUAAAAACACGACAACUGAUUGAUCAUCAUACUAACUAUGUACUAGCCAAUCAGCAGAAACGAAACUCUUGA